UGCGCGUCCUCGGCGGCCCGGUCACCUGACCCCCGCCGGGUGCAGCUCCGGGUGCCAAGAUGGCUGCUUACCUGCAGUGGCGCCGCUUCGUGUUCUUUGACAGGGAGACGGUGAAGGAGCCGGCCGGGCCCGACGGGGGAGGUGCCGGCGGGGGGAAGCCCUUCGCCCUUCCGCCGGGCAUCACCGUCUGCGACUCGGGCAGAGGCAGCCUGGUUUUCGGGGAUAUGGAAGGUCAGAUCUGGUUCUUGCCACGCUCCCUUCAGUUUAGCAGUUUCCAGGCUUACAAGCUGAGGGUGACUCACCUGUACCAGCUGAAGCAGCACAGCAUCUUGGCUUCUGUUGGUGAAGAUGAAGAAGGCAUUAACCCGCUGGUUAAAGUCUGGAACUUAGAGAAACGAGAUGGUGGGAAUCCUCUUUGCACAAGGAUUUUCCCAGCAAUACCGGGUAACAAACCUACAGCUGUCACCUGCCUAACUGUCCAUGAGAAUCUUAACUUCAUGGCUAUUGGUUUUGCAGAUGGAAGUGUUGUGCUUACAAAAGGUGACAUCACACGAGACCGACACAGUAAGACCCAGAUCUUACAUGAAGGCAAUUACCCGGUCACUGGCCUUGCCUUCCGCCAGUCUGGGAAAAUCACCCACCUUUUUGUUGUCACCACGGAGAACAUCCAGUCCUAUAUGCUGUCAGUGAAGGAUUAUCCUCGCCUGGAGCUGGACACACAUGGUUGCGGUUUACGCUGCUCCACGCUCAGCGACCCCUCUCAGGACCUGCAGUUCAUUGUGGCAGGAAAUGAAUGUGUGUAUCUGUACCAGCCAGAUGAGCGUGGCCCCUGCUUUGCCUUUGAGGGACAGAAGUUGAUCGUUCACUGGUAUCGGGGAUACCUCAUCAUUGUUUCCAAGGACCGGAAGAGCUCUCCAAAAUCAGAGUUUGCUGGGAGCGACCCACAGAACUCUGACAAGCGAAUCUUGAAUGUCUAUGACCUGUGUAACAAGUUCAUUGCGUACAGCUCGGUCUUCGAUGACGUGGUGGAUGUCUUAGCAGAGUGGGGGUCUCUCUACGUGCUGACUAGAGAUGGGAAGAUCCAUGCGCUUCAGGAGAAGGAUACUCAGACCAAACUUGAGGCAAGCCACCUUCUUAAUCUGUUUUAUGGCUUCAGAUUUGUAAAAGCUCCACAGAUUAGAGGUUGA